CGACUACUAUCUGGUCCUGGGACAAACAGGAUGCGCUCGAGUGACCCUGCGCACCUGUUCGCCAACGACAAGUGCCACGGACAAUAAUGAAAUUUCCCGGGCCCUCGUUUGCGAGUGUGUGUGUGUGUGUGUGUGUGUUUGUGUGAAAUUUUCUUGUAAUUUAUGCAAAGCAUAAGCGAAGGCGGAAAAUUCAACUGGUGUCUCUUUGGGCGGCUUUGUUCCUUUAUUGGUGGGAACUGGCCAUAGUGAAAACUCCCAGCCAUAAGCUGGAAUAACUGAUAGCCCACAUUUACGUCCAUGGUUUGUGCCACACGAUCAUGCUGAUUGUGGACAUGUUGACGCUGGCAUUGGCAAAUGAGCCGAUAUGCGGCGGUGGCAAAAUGAGAUCCAGUGGCAAGGAUAAUCAGGCGGUUGGAGCAGCAGCAUCAUCUAUGGCCAAUACAACUGGCGGUGGACUAGGCCCAAACUGCGGGCUUUCGGGCCACUUGGCAUGCGAAGCACGCAACUCACGCGACAAUGUUGCUGCCGUCCAUGACGAGCUGCGUCAGCAGUGCCAUUCGGCGAUAGUUGCGGUGGAGGCGCGUGCGCGUGCUGAAUACACUGGCAACAACAAGGGCGACAGCAACAACAAUAGUAGCAGCAGCAGCACCAGCAACAAAGCUAGUUGCAACAACAGCAGCAACAACAUUAGUAGCAGCAACAACAGCGACAUUAGAAUCAACACCAGCUGCAACAACAGCAGCAACAAUAUCAACAAUAGCUGCAACAACAGCAGCAACAUUAGCUGCAACAACAGCAGCAACACUAGCUGCAACAGCGACAACACUGGCGACAACUCAGCAACGGAAGUGGCCACGAAAUGUGAGUACGCGCAACUCGAGCAUGAGAGGCAGAGCGUGAGCGCAGGCGCAUACCUGCAACCACCCAAUGUGACAGUUAGCAGCAGCAGCACCAGUAGCAACAACAACAACGGCAAGAGGGGGAGCAGCGCCUGCUCAAUACCUACAAUUGGCAGUGAGCUUUUCAAAGCCAACCUUGUGGCAGCAGCAGCAGCAGCAGCAGUCGUCGCAGCUGAGCAGCAGAGGCAGCAGCUACACAAGUCAGCAAGCAGCAGCAGCAGCAGCCAACCGUCAACGAAUUCUGGCCAAAAGCUGUGCAAAUUGAUUGAGUCCAGUGAAAAAUCAGUGGAAAUCAAUUGCCCCAGUCCUUGUGGCAUACGCAACGUGACAGAAAGUGGCCAAAAGUCCAACGAAAAGUCGUCGCAAAACGUUGGCCAAACUGGCGACGAUAUUGGCAGUCACAACGACGACAACGAUACCAACAACGACGACGACGACGACGACGACGCGCGACGUACAGAAAAAUUUGUGCAAAAAAUCAGGCAAAGCGCGUUGCCUGCUCGCGGGCCCCAUCAUUUUUUUUAUCCCAGUGAAAGUGUUGAAAUAGAUGCAGCAGCAGCAGCAUCAACAGUAGAAACAGCAACAGCAGUAGGAGUAGCAGCAGCAGCAGCAACCUUAAGCUCCAAAAAGGAGCAGCAGGAGGCGGGGCAGGCGCCAUUGUCAUUGCCAUAUUCUCAGUACCCUCCCUGCUCCCACGACAACCAGCGAACCCACGAGCUAGCCCACGAGCCACCAGCCAGCAGCAACUCAUCCUUGACUGGAUGUGGUGGCGUUGAUAAUGUCGCUGGCAUUGCUGCUGUCCGCCCACAAAAAAGUUCCUGGCCUCUGGAUUACGUGAGGAGCAGCAUCCCACAUACAGCAGCAACAUGCAAUGACAACGGCAAACAGUCAAAGCCCAGCGAUUUAAGUGCAACAUCCGAGGAGAAGCUCAUCGAUUGCGAGUCCUUGGUGGGCGAUACAGUACCAUCAGUAGCAGCAGCAGCAGCAGAAGCAGCAGCAGCAGCAGCAGCAGCAGGAGCAACUGCAGCAGCAGUAGCAACAAGCUGUAUUGAGCAGGAUCUCAUCGAUUUUGAGCACGAUUUGGGCGAGGAUUUUGUGGCCAGUCAGCGCUUAAAGCGACUGCAAUAUAAUUUUCAGGGACGCGUGGCCAGUUGUAGUAACAUUGAUUGUGUAAAGGCAUCCUUGAGACCACAACAACAAAAGCAGAAGGAGCAGGAGCAGGAGCAACAAACAAUAAGCAUAACAAAGAAACUACCCCCAGAUACCGAUAGCGAUACCAGCCAACAACCCCAACUCCAGUGCUCCAGCCAAACGCAGCUAGCCCGAACCCAAACUCAAACCCAAGCCCAAACCCAAUCCACUCAAGGCGUAGACAAUAAGGCGAUUGCAGCAAUUAUCGCGGACCCAAGUGCAAUUCAAUUAAAUGUGGAUGCCAUUCUCGUAGCGCCAUUGCCAAAUGAAAGCGAAACAACAGACAACAGCGACAGACAAACAGCUGAAAAUCCCAAGGAGCAACAUUUCGUGCUGAAUACGCACUCCGAGUGCCCAGUGCGCAGGAUCGAGAAGGCGGAGAAGGAGGCAGAGGCGGAGAGCCAUAACCAGAACCAAAAGCAGACCCACAACCAAAACCAGAACCAGGACCAAGUGGUGAUUGAAAUCGAAACGGAUAGCGAGGAGCACGUCGCUUCCACGGAGGAUUGCUUGAGGCGCUCUGCCUUUGUGCCAGCGCAGCCGAGUUGCAAGGAGGCCGGUGAUUUUGGUACAUCGCUCAGCGAGUUCGAUGUGCAGCGGUUUAGCGAGUAUCUAAAGGUCGCCCGCCAAUUGCAGUGGCAUCAUUUGAAUAGCAAUAACCGGAACCGGAAACAGCAGGAUAUCGCUGGCACCAGUAGUUUCCAGUGCUACGACGAAUUGCUGGCCGAAUUCGUUAGCGAGCAACAGGAGUACUUGCUAUACGAAAGCUAUUCCGAUUGCGAUACGAAUUCCAAUUCGAAUUCGAAUUCGGAUAGCCAGGAAGAGUUUGAUUGUGAAAGAGCCUGCCAGUGCCAUGAGUGCCUAGCCAGUCGGGAUCAGAACACGUCCAAUUGCGCCGCCAGAGGCAUCGUUAGCGUUACAGCAGCCCAUUUAGAACGCCCGGAUUAUCGAAUCAUCCCACAUCCCACCCACCUGACCAACGGCAACAAGAUGCGCGAGGUGAAUGGUCAGUUGCGCGGCCUGCUCAAGAAGCCAAAUCGACCGCCGCCGGCACGCAAGAAUCGCGUCGUCUUCGAUGAGACGCGCAACGAGUUCUUCGAAGCGGACUACAUAAUCCUGAUACGCGAGGAUUGCGCCUAUGACGAGGAGGACGAGGAGCCAUGCACCUGCGGCGAGCACGAGCUGGUGCGUCUGUGCUGCGAGGAGGGAUGCCAGUGCAACUAUGCCGUCAAUCCUGCCGAAGCGGGUGAGGGCAGGACGCCACAGAGUCCCAAAUACCAGCCGCCAAUUGAGUUCGUCGACGAUGCGGCACUCAGUCCGCCCGAUGGCUACAAGGACAGCAGUCUGAAGAACACGCUCGGCGGCGCCCUCAGCGGUCACAUCUUUGGGGCGCAGCACCUGCAGCAGCUGCAGGUCAUCCAGCGGCUGCAGCAGCAGCGUGCCGCAAUGCUGGCCGCCCGCAACACCACAAGCGGUCAGAUACCGCCACCACCCCCGCCCGUUGGCACUGCCCAGCAGCAGCAACAGCAACAGCAACAGCAGCAGCAGCAACAACAGCAACAACAGCAGCAACAGUCGCAUCAGCAGCCGCAUCAUGGAGCCAUGCAGCAGCAGCAGUCGGAGGAGGACCUCCAGGGCGUUUGCACCGAGUGUGCCGAGUGCGCCGAAUGUGCGGCCAAACAGCUCCAGGAAGCAGAAUGCAGCUCCCCACAGUGUCCGGAGGAGAUGACACCGCUGGGUGUGCCCGCUGUGGCCAUUCUGCCGUUGCACACCAGCUCCCCGGAGCGCCGGAUCACCCAGAAGGAGAUCAUCGCCGGCGAGGAGCGGCCCAAAUACGUUCUGCAAUCGCAGUACAAGCCAUCGCCCACUGGAGUGAUGAAAGCUAGAAAGGAUUCGGGCAGUAGCAAGGCCAGUUCCGGAUCCAUCUCCGGCUCAGGCUCCAGUUCUGCCCAUGGAACAGUCGCCCAAGUCCCGGUCCCCGUUCCAGUUCCAGCUACGGCCAUCAGUAGCCAUCAGUCCUCGAAAAAUAAGCGAUUUGUUGUUGAAACCAUUACCACUAUGACCACAGUGACCGAGCGUCGGAUCAUCCGCGAGGCGCACGAGGAUGUGGCAACCGCUGGAUCCGCCCCCGCACCUGGCACUGCCGCGCCAACGGUUGGAGCUGCGUCCGCCACUGGAGCUGAUGCAUUACCGCCCGCCUUGCCGGCCAAGGCGAGUGCAACAGCAGCAGCAGCAGCCGCCGCAGCAGCAGCAGCGUCAAACGCAUCCACAUCCACAUCCGCAUCAGUAUCUGCAACGGAACAGCAACAGUUCGAGGCACAGAAACCGCCACCCAUUCCGCCCAAGGAGACCUCACCCACGCAGAUCAGCGGCAUUCUCAAGGGCGGCAAGCUAUGGAAGCAGGACUCGAUCUCACAGCAGCAGUCGGAUGACCAGAACAAUACCACAUCAGAGGACGAGAGCGGUGGCACCAAGCGUUCGGUGCGCUUUGUGACCGAGGAUCAGGCGAAUGCCGGCACCGAUAGCGAUGCUCAAUCCCUGGCCGGUGAUCUGGACGACAGUGAGAAUCAGAUCAACGAGCUGAUCCCGAUCAAGAAACACUCGACGCUCUUCAACAACGCCCUGCGUCCCAAUUCGGCGGUGCGCCAACUCUUCCCGAGCGUCUCGGCUCAUCAGGCACCAGUGCUCACCUCGGAGGCACUGCGGGCUUUCGAUGAGUCCAAGCGGGCUGGCUGCCUGGUCACACACCUGCCGGGAAGCUGUGGUGACUCCGACACCUUGCGGAGGAGCAUGGAGCGCAAUAUACUGCGACGAUCGCUGAUUAAAAAAAAGGCUGUCAAAUCGGACAUUUCGCUGGAGGAGCGCAUCAAGCAGCUGACCUGUGACAUCGACGAGGAUCUGGCCGAGGAACUGCAGCGAGCUGUGGACGAGGAUGCUGAAUCUGUGGCCGAACGUGCCGAUGAGUUGGCCCAGCGCAACAGUCCCGCCGGCGAGGAGAAUCCCAAUCCGGUGCCUGGUUCUGGACAAGCUCACAAGUUCGUCAAUGGCGAGAAGAGCUUCUCGCCGAGCAGCUCCGUGUCGAGCUCCUCGAGCGGAUCGUCGGCCUACAAGAAGAUCGCUGACAUCUUCAACCGCGAUAAGAAGCAGGAGAAGAUAAUGGAGAUGGAGGAGAAUCCCAUAGUAAUCAUUCCACAGGAGUGCCGUUGUCCCGCUGCUCCGGAUUUGGGCAUGGGCAUCCAGGUGCCGGUGGUGCACACGCAGAUUCACCGCACGCCGCCCCGCCAAACGGAGCCGAAGCGCCAGUUCCUCUCCUCCACUUUGGCCCCCCUGACCGCCUGUGUGGCUGGAAAUAAGGACGAUCUAUCCUCCUACUACACAUUGGCCGCUGCAGCUGCGGCUCAUCCGCAUGCCCAUGGCCACGCCCACACGCAUGCGCAUGCCGCCCACUAUGCCGCCGCCGCUGCGGCAGCUGACUUCAAUAUGGGACAGCUACUGGGAGCGGCUGCAGCCGCUGCCGCCUCUGGAGAUCCCGCUGCCCAGCAUGCGGCUGCAAUGGCGGCACAGGGAUUGGCCCAAGGAUUGGCUGGCGCCGGAGGUGGUGUGGUAGCAGGAGGACUUGGUGCCGGAGAGGAUGCUCGCAAGGUGGCACCCGAUGUGAUUGCCGGAACACCGGGUCAGGAGGCCGCCGGGCGGCAGGAGCAGGACGAACUGGCCGCCUUUGCCCAGGCGGACGCCAAGCGGACCGAGCAGCUCAAGAAACGGUACACGGGAGCGGGCUCCGAGCCCAGUCAAUCGCAGGCCAGCAGCGACGAUGACGAGCAGAACGACUAUGGGUUCAACAAGCGUCCCUCGGUGCGGGGCAUCAAGCCCAAGUUCAGUUCGACCAACGAGAUCCUGGCCCAGAUGCAGGAGCAGCUUAGUGCGGCGAUACCCACGGUGGUCAACAGCCAGCCGGUGCAGCAUGCGGUCAAGGGUUAUGCCAUGCCCAAUACGCUCAAGCAGAAUCCCUCGCCGCAGAAUGUGCCACAGAACUUGCAGCAGCAGCAGCAGCAACAACAGCAGCAGCAGCAGCAACAGCAGCAGCAGGCGGUGCAUCAGCAACAUCAGCAGCAAUUGCAGCAACAAAUGGCCGCCGCGAUGCAGAAAACGGAGCAGCGAACGUGGAGCUUCUACAGCGAGACCGGGGAACAGCAGCGCUUCCCCAUGGAUGCGGCUGCCAUACAGCAGACCUACUACCAGACCCUGCCCGCCGGCACCAUGUUCCGCCAGACGAUGAUCCAGCAGGGUGCCACGUCCGCCGGCGGUGCCGAUGAUGCGUCACUGCUGUACGCCGCUGCUGCAGCUGCGCAAAAUUGUCAGAGUGUCACGGCGACGGCAACGGCCACCGCCACCGCCACGGCCAUCGAGCAGAGCAAGCACAGCAGCUACAGCAGCCACUUCGCCAGGAGCCCCACCCGGCGGCCAGAGUCGCCUCCCCCGCUGCGCAACUACCACCAGACCAUGGUCCUCAUCCCGUACAACGCGGAGACCUACUCCCAGUUCGCCGCCAGCAGCAGCGGCGAUCCCAAGCUGGCGCACAUCCAGCGCCAAAACAUCCUUGAGUACCAGCAGGUAACCCAGCAGACGAUUCGUGUGCCCAUUGGCUAUGCCCUGCCCGGCAUGCAGUUGCAUGUGGUGAGUGGGCGUGGCCAUGCCGCCCACUACGCCCAGCACCAGCAGCAGCACCAGCAACAACAGCAGCAGCAGCAACAGCAGCAGCAGCAGCGCUUGAUGCAGGGACACUAUCAAUUUGGACCGGAUGGCGGAAUGCCAGGAUUCAGCGAGCGCGGAGUGCCCGAAGGAGCGGCCGCCGUAUCGCACAGCGAUUGCAAUGCCAUGGUGUCGCCAACUUCAGCAGCAGCAGCGGUACAACAACAGCAGCAGCAGAUACAGCAGCAGCAGCAACAGCAGCAGCAGCAGAUACAGCAGCAGCAACAACAGCAGCAGCAGCAGCAGCAACAGCAACAGGUCGCCGGAGGAGUGGGUGUGGGCGCCCAGGCCCAGGGAUCCGUGUACUAUGCGAUGAACGUAUGACCCGCGCUCGAAUAGUCGAUGCCAGCGGCGGUCAUUGUCGAGCGCCGCCAGUGUCAACUUGUCGAAAUGUCAGCGACUUCAGUGCAUUUGGGUAGCGGUGGCAUGGGCGGCAGAUGAGCGCCCGCCCCCCGGUAUUCCAAAUUUGAAACCGAGUCCGUGAUUGAGUCCUCGAGUUACCAUCAGGUCCCAUCCGCUGAUUUCAGUUGCCCCUCAGUUGACCCUAGCGAGCGUUUUUGAAUCAGUUUGAUCUUCCGUUUAUCCAGUGUAUCUGUAUCUUUAUCUGUAUCUCUAUCUGUAUCUGUAAGCGUACCCGUAUAUGUUUUCGCGUCAGUAUGAUUAUCAUUAUCUGUAUCCGUGUAACCGUGUUGUCAGUAUCUUUGUGUCGGUGGACGUGUGUGUCACAAAUACUCAAGUACGGUCUGUCACUACGAUCCUUCAAAGCUUCAAAUCAUUUAAGUUUCUUUGAUAGAUGCAAUACAAAUUCGUUUUGAAGUGUAUAGCACACUUUAAAGCGUUUUUGAGGUGGUUUCGAAGCUCUUGAGGUUCUUAAUACGCCCAUUAUAAUAGAAUUAACAAACUAAACAUCUUAAGUUGGUGGUAAACGAUGCAGCGGCAUCAAAAUAAUUUUGAUACUAUGUGCAUCAUGGAAACGAAACAGCGGUUGCACCGUUUACAACCAGCUUCAACAACGAGAUCCAAAGUGAAUCACUCCACGUUAUGCAAUGCUCCAAAAAGUAAUGUUUAAGUUCAGCCUUGUCGUCGAGGAUUUUAUUUAAUAGGUAUUAAUAUUUAGUCGAGUGUAGUGAAGAAAGGAUGAAAAUCUAAACCAAAACACAACCAAAUCACAUGAAUUUAUUUCGAGCAUGGACAUGCUGGGUGCUAGUAAUGCAAAAACAACAACAACAACAACCGCAACAAAAACACAACAAAACCAAGAAAGAGUUAAUUAAGAGCUGUUAGCCAAGGAAACCGAGUUUUGCUCAAUGAAAAGUGCAUUUGAUUUUAAACACAUAUAUUUAAUAACUAACAUACAUUAUUAUAUAUCUACAUAUGCGAAUGCUUAACUAAAUUAUACAUAAUUAAUUAUAUUUCAUUGAAUUGAUAUUAUAAGGUAUUUUCAAUGUAGUGCAAUUUGUUGCUAACUCCAAAAGUUCUCUUAGCAGAGAGUAUUAUAUAAAAACAAACAUAUAUAUAUUUUAUGAGUAUCGAAAUUAUAGGACUAUUUUUAGGCUUAGGCUUUAUUUAUAUACAAUUUAGUUUUAAUUAUUUUUUUUUUCUUUAUGUAAAAUAAAUUAAAAGAAAUUUUCAACAAUUUUUGGUUUUCUACGCUUAAGAAAUGUUUUAGCAUGGUACAUGUAAAAUCUAUAGGCGAACGAACACACAUCUAUGUGUACUUAUGCUUUGUGAGCUACAGUUUGUUUGGGUUUCAUUUGUAUUGUAGAUCGAUCAGCCGGCAUCGCAUUCCACAUCUUCCACAUUCCACACCCUAAGAGAUGUACAUAUGUUAAAACCCGGGAAGAUUUCAUGACGAUUGUGCCUAAAAGUAUGCAAGAAACGGGGAUCAUCCCAACUUAAGGCAUACUUUUAAGCACGUAACAAAUUGCCUUGAAAUCUGCGGGGAAGACCACGCAUCUCCGAUCGCCUUUCUCCCAAAGUGAGAGCAUCAGUGCCAAAAACUUGCAUCCCAGACCUAACUCAAUCAUCCCAUACCACCCAGUCAUCUCACCUAGUCGAUAGAGUUACCAUUUAAAUCGUGCAAUCAUACGAAAAAUGUUAGAAGAUACCACACAAAGUCACGUUGAACCGAGCGAAAUAUCGUAUCUCUUAAAAACAAAAAAAAAAAAACAUAGGUCUACACACUGAAACAUACGCAUAGAUGUAAGUGCAUUAGUGCAUGCAUCACGCAUACAAAACAUUAAGAUGAUAUACAGACAUACAUAUAUAAAAUAUGCAUAAUGUAUUUCGAUUCAGAUAUUGUGUUAAUGUCUAUAACGAACAUAUUGAAAACUAUUGAAAGCAAACACGAAUUAAGAGUGCAAUAAUGUUAAAGUGAAAUUACCGCUGACCGGAAACGGAAGCCAAAAAUGAUGAAAAAUGACAACGCAAUUCCGUGAGAGCGCGCAAGCGAAUUAGAUAGUUGGUCGGCCAGUUAGACAGAGAUGGCGAGAGCCGAAACAAACAGAGAUAGCGCGCAUAACGAAACAGUUUAGUCAUAGAUUUAAAUACACAGACAUUUACAGAGCGAUUAACGAUUAACUAUAAAGGAUAACUAAAGCGUGGUCUUAGGUGUUCGAUACUCAAAUUUUUUUUAUUUUUUGUUUAUUCUUCGGUUAUAUAUUUUCGUUGAACUUUUUUGCGGUUCCACUGAGAGAUUCCGACACUAGAAAUUGACUAGAAAACGCAGCGCGAUUUGCAUAUUAUAUAAAUACAGUUAGAGCCAGAUAGCGAGCGAGAGUAAAGCGAUAAAUUAUAAAUAAAUAUAUAUGUAUAUAUAUACAUACAGGCAUACAUAUAUAUAUAUAUACAUGGAUAUAUACUAGAUGUUUAUGUAAUACAUAAAUGGCAUUGAACGAAUUCCAAGCACAUUGCAAGAAUCCCAAAUCAAAGAAAUCGCAUGAAAUUGCCCCGUACCUUUUGCGUUUGUAACUCAAUUUUUUCUAUGCAAAAGUAGUUGAAAAUUAUAUAAUAAAAACCGAUUAGAAAAACAAAACAUACAUAUAUAUAUAUAUAAAUAUAUAUAUAUAUUUAGACACACAUCGACAGUAUCCUAUUCAAUUGAUUUCUUUGAGAACUUUGAUUUUGCGAUUUUGGAUAUGCAGCAAGACAAGUAAAACCAACAACAGAAAAUGUGUAAGAAAUAGUAUAAAUAAGGUCGGAUAUUAAUGCCCCGACAUUACGCUAUAUGUAUGUGCUGGGGCAAACAGCAACAAAUCCAAUAAAACAAAGUAAUUAACAACAAACAAAACGGAUGAAACAACCAAGAUUAUGUAAGCGAUGGAUCGAAGUAAGAAUUGAUGCGAACGGCACAAGUAUAUAACAAAUUUCAACAAGUAUAUGACUGAGCCAAUGACUCAAAAAUACAUUUUAAAUAAAAGGGAAAACCAGAAAUAUAUGAAAAAUAUAAAAACGAUAAGCAAGUG